UUCUUCUCCAAGCAAUCUCUACGCUCCAGUCCAUAUACCCAUUCAAAUACUUCCCGCACAAAUCUCACACCAUUUCUUCAUCACCCUGUGCAAGUUUCCAUUGUUUUCUCUGUUUUUUUUUUUUUUUUUGCUUCUUUUGAUCCAGGCUUUUCAGCUGUUUGUCUUUGAAUUGGUUGCGUAGAAAUGUAUUACUUGUGGUUCUGUUCUUUGGUAGCGUAGGAUUUGGUUUCAUUGAUUCCAUUCCCGUAAAUAUUCUUUUAUUUUUUAUUAUUUUGUAUAUAGUACUCGUUGAUUCAAGUGGGAAAUACAAGUGGGAUCGCUCAUAAUUUUUUUUUUUUUUUAAUGGAUUUAAGCUCGGACAAGGCUGAUGAGCAAACUGAGAGUUUUAGCUCUGAUUUAGAAUCCGUCCAUGAUGAUCUAGAGUCAGUCAUUUCUAAUGGAGAAAGUGCCAGUUAUGGUCAGUUUACCGAAUUGGUUCGACUUUUUGAGGGAGACAGGAUGCAUGAUCUCAUCAUUCGAAGGUUUCUUUCGGGUUUGGGUUCGAUCGGCGAAUUUACCACAGUCUUCGCCGUUCACAGGAACACGUAUUCUGGCAUCAUGGGGCAAGCCAGGAUGCAAUCGUUUCAAAUUUUCGUAAAAGCAAUGGAGAAGCAGCGCGGUGGUAAUGCAAAUGUGAAGUAUGCUUGGUUUGGCGCUACAGCAGACGAGAUAUGCAACAUAAUGAAGAAUGGUUUUGGUGGCCAGAUUAAUGACAAUAAUGGAUUAUAUGGAUAUGGCAUCUAUCUUUGCCCGGAUAAUUCUCCUCUUGAAGUUGUGAAGCAUAUGAGGGAAGGUAAUGAUGGUCUACGCCAUUUGUUGUUGUGCCGCGUUAUACUGGGUACCAUGGAAGUUGUGCAUCCUGGUUCUGAGCAGUUUCAUCCGAGUUCUGAGGAGUUUGAUUCGGGGAUAGACAAUGUUUCAUCUCCCAAGAAGUAUAUUGUGUGGAGUAACCACAUGAACACCCACAUUUUGCCCGAGUUUGUUGUUAGUUUCAAGGCUCCUUAUUCUUUGAAGGGGUUCUUUAGGGUUCCAGAAUCUGGAGGGACACCAACUUCACCAUGGAUGCCAUUUCCAGCUCUUAUUGCUGCACUAUCAAAGUUCCUGCCUCCUACUACUGUUGGUGUACUUGCCAAGUACCAUAAAGAUCACAAAGAAAACAUAAUUUCUAGGCAAGAACUAGUACAGCGAGUGAGACAAUUAGUCGGGGACAAGUUGUUGGCUUCUGUUAUCAAAUCGUUUAGAACCAAGAAAGCUAAAGGAUCAAGCAGUUCUAAGCAAGCAAUAGGAGGUGGGAAUCAUGUGAAUUGAGAUGAGAUCAGAGACAUCGUGGACGGCUAGAUUAUGGCAAUUUGCAAUCCUGAAGAGGAAGGAGAAGGCUAAUAAAACUGACAUGAACUAAAAGAUAAUCCAAAAGGAAACAGCAGUUCAGGAUCCAGCAGCUGCCAUGGGCUAUUUUUGGGGGUCUAAUAUUAGUGCAGAGAGUAGUAUGUGUAGAAUACAGAUCUUUUUUUAGAUCACUAUAUUGUUGUGGAAUUUGAAAUGUAUUGUCAGCAAUAUGUGAAAAAAUAAAGAAUAAACUUCUUUGGUGGAA